CCCGCCGGCGCCCACCGCCGCCCGAACUUAACGCCCGGCGCGCCGCCUGCCCGCCGGGGGCUAGGGACGGGGAGGGGAAGGGAAGAAGGGAAGGGAGGAGAAGGGGGGGUGUCAGCCUGCCUUGCGCGGGGGCGCACCGCUCCGCGCCGCGCACCGGGAGGGGCCGGGGCUGAGCGCGGCCCCGCCGCGGGGGGAGCGCUGAAGGACGCGCCGGCGGCGCCCGCCCCGGUUGCCAGACACACAGAAUCCUGAAUAAACAAAGAGAAGAGACCUAAGCACAGUCUGUAUUGUGAAUAUUUUUACCUCGGCACUUCCUGAUUUAAAACACACACAGGACCAGAUGAAUAAAACACACCAUUAUGCUUUGUCUGCAAAAUCUGCAUCUUUUAUUGCAUGUGGUUAUCAGUACCCCAGCAGCUUCCACAGGGGUUAAAAUGGUGAGUGAAAGUCAUCAUGAGGCCCUGGCUGCACCGCCAGCUACCACAGUAGCAGCAGCUCCACCAAGUAAUGUCACUGAACCAGCCGGUCCCGGAGGAGGGGGAGGAAAAGAAGAUGCAUUUUCUAAAUUAAAAGAGAAGUUCAUGAAUGAACUGAACAAAAUUCCACUGCCACCUUGGGCCUUAAUAGCCAUAGCCAUAGUUGCAGUCCUAUUAAUCCUUACCUGCUGCUUUUGUCUCUGUAAGAAAUGCUUGUUCAAAAAGAAGAACAAGAAGAAGGGAAAGGAGAAGGGAGGGAAGAAUGCUAUUAACAUGAAAGAUGUUAAAGAUUUAGGGAAAACCAUGAAAGACCAGGCUCUUAAGGAUGAUGAUGCUGAGACUGGGCUGACUGAUGGGGAAGAGAAAGAAGAACCCAAAGAAGUGGAGAAACUAGGGAAAAUCCAAUAUUCUUUGGAUUAUGACUUCCAGAACAAUCAGCUUCUGGUUGGGAUUAUUCAAGCAGCUGAGCUGCCUGCAUUAGAUAUGGGUGGUACAUCUGAUCCCUAUGUGAAAGUGUUUCUGCUGCCUGAUAAGAAGAAGAAAUAUGAGACAAAAGUCCACAGAAAGACCCUCAACCCUGUUUUCAAUGAGCAAUUUACAUUCAAGGUGCCAUACUCCGAGCUGGGUGGAAAAACUUUAGUGAUGGCAGUUUAUGACUUUGAUCGUUUCUCCAAACAUGAUAUCAUAGGGGAAUAUAAGGUUGCAAUGAACACGGUGGACUUCGGUCAUGUGACUGAGGAGUGGAGGGACUUGCAAAGUGCAGAGAAAGAAGAGCAAGAAAAGCUGGGUGAUAUCUGCUUCUCCCUGCGCUAUGUGCCUACUGCUGGCAAACUGACUGUUGUCAUUCUGGAGGCGAAGAACCUGAAGAAGAUGGAUGUCGGUGGACUGUCAGAUCCCUAUGUGAAAAUCCAUCUGAUGCAGAAUGGUAAGAGGCUGAAGAAGAAAAAGACCACAAUUAAAAAGAAUACUCUGAAUCCCUACUACAAUGAGUCUUUCAGCUUUGAAGUACCAUUCGAGCAAAUUCAGAAAGUGCAAAUUGUUGUGACUGUUUUGGACUAUGACAAGAUUGGCAAGAACGAUGCCAUCGGGAAAGUCUUUGUGGGCUACAACAGCACUGGAGCGGAGCUGCGGCAUUGGUCAGACAUGUUGGCCAACCCCAGGCGGCCCAUUGCACAGUGGCACACCUUGCAGCCCGAGGAGGAGGUAGAUGCCAUGCUGGCAGUCAAGAAGUAAAUUAAAUUAAAUUACAUUAAAUUAUGAAGAAGAAGAAGCCUUUCUGCAUUUGCCCACAUAGUGCUCUUUAGCCAGUAUCUGUAAAUACCUCAGUAAUAUGGGUCCUUUCAUUUCCAGCCAUGUGUUCCUGACACAGAUCAGUUGUACUUUUAAAUUCCUGUUUUAAUUUGCACAACUUUAAAUGUAGAGAGCCUUCUAAUGGCGCUUCAUUUCACCACUGCCCCCCCAGAUCUACUCUUCUUUUAAGCAAUAUGAUGUGUAGAUAGAGCAUGACAGAAAUUAUUUAUUGUAUCACACAGUUGUAUAUAUACACCAGUAUGCUGAGAAUUUAUUUCUAGUUUGUGUAUUUGUAUGUUGUAAGCGUUUCCUAAUCUGUGUAUAUCUAGAUGUUUUUAAUAAGAUGUUCUAUUUUAAAUUAUGUAAAUUGACUGAGAUAUAGGAGAGCUGAUAAUAUAUUAUAGGGUAACUAUUGUAUCGUCUGCAUUCCAGAAAAAAAAUUCCAACUUGUAAGGCACUAGUAGUGUUACACUAACAUCUUAAAGGACAACUUAAAUCUGAGCUUUCAACUGGACCAUUCUAAUAACACGCUAUGCGUAAUCUUGGAGGGGCACAUCCAAUUUGGUAGACUUCUUUCACGGGCAACUUAGCAUGAUCUGAGCAGUUCCAUGGCUGACCUCAAGGAGAUGUAGCCAGAAGCCAGGAUAUAAUUUUUUUGUAUAUAUUCCAAAGCAAACACAUAACAGACUGAAAUGGCUUUUGAUUGAAAGUUGAGGAAGCAGUUCCAUAGGAGGCAAUGGUUUCAUCUAACAUACAAAGUAAGAACAUUGCAGAGGUUGUGCAGAGAGGGGGGGAAGGGAGGGGGGAGAUGCAGCGGUCGUGAAAUGCUGCCAUGAAAACAAGAGUAGCUCUCCGUUAUCACCUUUAUACAAAAUUUGCAUACUGUGAAUUCCAUCCACGAUUUCACAUUAUAAUGAGUUUGCACAUUAGACUUUGUAACAAAAUAUUUUAUUAUACUAACUCAGAUUAGAAGGAAUGCAGAAUAUUUUUUAGACACAGCCGUGUGAGUUUAUUAUACAAAAUAGUUUCAUGGUAAACAGACAGUAUUGUAAUCCCAUCAGAAGAUGACAAAAUUUAGCCAUAGUUCUAAAUGCACUUCAAAGUAAGCCAAAAGAGAACAGCUAGUGACCUUUUAUAUACUAUUUAUACUUAAGUUUUAAUUUGUCCUUUAAAAAAAAGUGAAAACAAAGAACAAGUUCUAGAAAACUGAAGCAACCUCUUCUGUAUACUAGAUGCUCGUUUCAGGAGGAGUUUUUAAAUGUUUUCAAUGUUAUUAUGUAGUAAAUGGCACUAUUAUGAAGCUAUUAGUCAUUCCAUAAGAGUCUUGAAAGACUGCUCUGUGUAUCACUGUGACUGCCGUGUGUGCUUAGAAAUGUAGUUUUCUCAGUGGAUAGCAAUCAAUUUAUUCCGUAGUGAUAUUGUAAUAAUACUGCCAUUCCCUUCUACUGCACUGCCGAAGGAAUGCAUAGCACAAGCAGUUCUAGUUAUUACGGACCAAUUUAGAACUGGAGAGCUAUGCAGGGGACAAGGAGGCUAUAUUGAAUGGGUUGACCACGCAGCAUUUUGUCAAGCCCUGUGCAAUAUUCCACAUUUCCAACCUCCUUCUCCCUCGCCCCCUGCCGCUUUACUGUAGAUAAUCAUCUUACAGCUAGCCAGCAUGUCAUCUCAGCUUGUACCAUCUCAUCAAGUCAGUUAGGGCAUCACUUCUAUCUCAUGUACCGUCCUUUGAGGCCUCUUGCUUAUCUUUCCAAGCUGUGAAUAUAUUUAUAAUGUUUUGAGAAGUUCAUUAUUUUCAGUCAUGCAAACUACCCCAGAAAUGCGGAAAUGCUAUACCUUUUGGAGGGAGGCAUGAGACAUUAAUCAGUGAUGUUCUUCUCAAUUGUAUCUAAAAGAAAUUAUUGUUAAAAAAAAAAAAAAUGAAUGUAAUCAGGGAACUGUGUGCUGAAAACGAAAUUCUUCACCCUCCCUCAAGACUCUGCUUCUGAGAGAGGUGUGACAGUCUGAGAGGUCAGUGCAGUGACAGCCAAGCUCCAACAUUUUCAGUGCAUGCGGAGGGUAGGAGAAGCAGCAAAGAAGUGGGAGGAGAGUAAAAAUCUGGAUCUCUCCCCACCUCCAAAAGUAAGAAUAGCAAGACCUAUUUUCUUUCUUUUUUACAUGAAACAUGGAAAAAACACAAGUGAGACAUUUUCUGAUAGAAACAGGCGCAUACAUGCAAAGCAUCAAGCUGGAAUACUUAAAAAUCUUGAUCUUGAGGACCAAACCCCACCAAAGAGGAGAACUAGACAGUCAGCUUUCCAGUGUAACAGCAGAUACUCAGCUUCAUGGUCUCCAGCUUUCAGUUGUUCAUUCAAGAUAGCUGCAGGUUCAAACUGCCAGAACUGAUUCAUUGUGUUAAGGUAUUCUUAAUGCUUUCUCUUCCUACACUGCCAGACUGAAUGUCACCGUAGAAUUGGUUUGUAAGGUACUAUGAUUCUCAGAGACUGAACCUGCUAUAUGACCAAGAUGACAUUUUCAUCCUCAAAGAAGCCACAUGUACCUUUCUGACAAAGCUGUGUGAAGUAUUAGAAUCUGAUGCUGUAGAAAGAUCCUAGUUGCCUUUGUGUAUAUUUACUGCCUGCUUGAGUGUUUCUCUGUGUGGGUUUUCUCUGUAUCUUGUAGAAAUGUUUGGGGUGUUUUAUCCUGCCAUAUCGCUCGUGGCCCGCGAGCUGACAACUUUAGCCGUAUUUUACCUUCAUUUUUGAUGAGGUGGUUUAUAUUUUGUUUCACUUUGUGUAGUGACUUCCCACAGUAGAGUUUUCCAAUUGUCGUUAAAAUAACAUACAUAUUACACAGAUAUUCAAUAAAAAUGUUUUAUUUCCUGUUGAUGUUUCAGUGUUUCUCUUUUGAUCUAAAAUUUUAGAAAGACAUUUCACUCUUGGACCUUAGUACAAUCAUUAACUUGGAAGUAUAGUAAGUGCAGUGGCACAGCGCCUUUAGAGGGGCUGUGAAAGCUGCUUUCCCCUGCAUGGCCCAGCCAGCAGUUCUCCAGGAGGUGAAUUCUCUGUCUCUAUUGUAGAUGAAAGCCUACUACCCUGUUUUCCCAAGAAGUCUGAUUAU